AUGUCUACAACUUCUUCUCCGUUCACUCAAGCUGUUGUUGCGGCUAUGAGAAAGUUAUAUCCAGAAAAGCUCGCGGACAGCAGUUUUGAUAACACGGGGCUUCUGUUGGAGGCACCACAUCGUGAAAAUUACCUUAAGGACUCAGUUCUUCUGACGGUUGAUCUCACAAAGGGGGUUGCAGAUGAAGCUAUCCGCAGGAAAGAUUCAAUCAUUGUCACAUAUCAUCCUAUUAUAUUUCGUGGCCUGAAAGCAGUCACCCUUGCCAACUCCCAACAGAGUUCUCUGCUCCGUCUUGCCCAAGAGGGAAUCAGUGUUUACAGUCCUCAUACAGCUGUAGAUGCUGCGCCAGAAGGCCUCAAUGAUUGGCUUGCCGAUAUAGUCACCAAUCGACCCUUGAAAAAGAAUCAAGCUAUCGGUGCUGAAUCCAUUGAUCACGAACGCUCGAUUAUUAAUUCCAUCAAGGAUAUACCCGAUGGGUUCGAAGGUGCCGGAUAUGGCCGAAUCGUUCGAUUCAAGCAACCGCAGAAGCUAGGAGAUCUUGUUGCACGGAUGCAAUCUUCACUCCAAAUUGGAGACCGUAUAUCCGGACUUUCCGUUGCGGUUCCACAAUCCAUACCUAGAGGAGAAAAGUCAUCUAUUGAAAUUUCUUCCAUUGGCAUAUGUGCCGGAUCUGGAGGAUCCAUGCUGAACGGCUUGGACGUUGACUUAUUAUUCACUGGCGAAUUGAGCCACCAUGAAGCCUUGGCAGCGGUUGAGCAGGGUAAAUGUGUUGUCACUGCAUUCCAUAGCAACACUGAAAGAGCCUAUCUAAAGGACCGAAUGCAGUCUGCAUUGGCGGAGGCAAUGGAGGGGAAAGCGGAUAUCGCGGUAAGUGAGAUCGAUAGGGAUCCCUUUGAUAUAAUUCACAAGGAUGAGGUGAACUGGUAA